AUGCAUGCAUCGUAAAAAAAAAUAAAGUUCAAUCUGCUUUUAGUGGCCAAGUGGUACAAAAAAAAUAAAUACAGCAAAUAUGCUGUGCGAAGAUUGCCGGUUCUUGACUGGCUGUCGCGAUACAGACCCACGUGGUUCUUGCAAGACGCAUUGGCCGGCAUCACGGUCGGUCUCCUUGCUGUACCGCAAGGCAUUGCUUAUGGUGCUCUCGCUGGUUUAAAUCCCGAGUACGGACUGUAUGCGGCAUUUAUGGCAUCAUUUACAUAUAUCAUUUUUGGUACGUGCAAAAGCGUCACUAUUGGUCCAACAGUUAUUAUGGCCAUCAUGAUUUAUCCUUUUGUCGAAAAAUAUGGUGCUGAUAUGGCUAUAUUAAUUACUUUUUUGAAAGGAUGCAUUAUUGCGCUUUUAGGAAUUUUUCAUUUAGGGUCUUUGCUGGAUUUUAUAUCGCUUCCUGUAAUUACUGGCUUUACUUCAGCCGCAGCGAUCAACAUAGCGUUUUCCCAAUUUAAAUCGCUACUAGGCAUUCGCCAUACAGCCGAAAGUUUUCUGGAUUCUGUGUGCGCAAUUUAUAAGUAUCGUAAUGAGAUCCGGUGUCCGGAUACAUUGUUGGGAGUUGGUACAAUCAUUGCAUUAAUUUUGCUCAAGAAUAUACCAGGACAGCGUACGGGAACAGUUUUGCAAAAAAUUGGAUGGUUUCUUGGUCUGUUCCGCAAUACAUUAGUUGUAAUCAUAGGCACUGUCAUGGCGUAUAUUAUCUACAUUAACGAUCUAGAGCCUUUUAUGUUAACGGGCACAAUAGGGCAAGGUUUGCCAUCGAUCGCAUCUCCGCCGUUCUCCACCUUUCACAAUCUAACGUACAAUUUUCUGGAAAUGACUACUGCAAUGAAAACGACGCUAUUCACAAUACCAGUCGUAUCAACUAUCAUGCACAUUGCCGUUGCAAAAGCCUUUGCAAAAGGUGAAUCUUUGGACAUCACGCAAGAGAUAAUCGCUCUAGGAGCCUGUAAUAUCUUCGGAUCGUUCGUUUGCUCGAUGCCAGUUACAGGAUCUUUCGUACGAACGGCCAUCAAUCAUGCGUCGGGCGUUAAAACUCCGUUGGGAGGUAUAUUUACAGGCAGUCUGGUGUUAUUCGCGAUCGGUCUCUUGACCUCUACCUUUCGCUUCAUACCGAAGGCGACACUGGCCGGUCUCGUCAUAUAUUCCAUGUACUACAUGCUCGAUUUUCCAACGUAUAAGCUGCUGUGGCGUGCCAGAAAGAUCGAUUUCUUUGUAAUGAAGCUGACGUUGGUCAAAGGCAUCUUUCUUGGCUUGGAGUACGGUAUCUUAAUUGGCAUCGUCGCCAAUCUUGUAGUAUUGUUAUAUUUCUCAACGCAUCCUUCCAUUCAGACGAAAAUUGAACAGAUCGAAGGGGAAACUGUAAUAGUCAUCGUACCUGAAGAAGCAAUAGCCUUUCCAGCAGCAGAACGCCUGCGUGCUACUGUAAUGAAGGUUUCUGGAGAAAGUUCAUGCAACAUGAUAAUACUUGACUGUAAGAAUUUGAAGAGGCUCGACGUUACGGUUGCUGAGAACAUCAAGCUUCUGGGAAAGGACCUUUCAGUACGUGGACAAACAAUUGUCUGUAGUAAUUGCUGCGAGAACGUGAACGCUGUUCUGAAAGUCGUAGCGCCGGAAUUAUUAAACGUCAAGGAAGAUAGAAGUAAUCAUGUUGAAGGGAGGAUCGCUUAUCUCACAUGCUCAUCAAUUUAAACAUGACUGCUUAGGUUUAUAAAUAAGUAUAAGUUUUUUAAUAAAAAUAUA